GCCGCGGUAUAUUUUGGCGCUUCAGCCACAGUCACACUGCAGACAUUUCGCCAGCUAAAAGGCGUGCUUAAGCGAGGAUAAUACCGCCCGAGCUCCGUGUGUCACAUUCGCCGUCAUUGCCCAGCGCUAAUAACCUGUUACUGACCUUGGACAGCAUGGAGCGUCGUCGUUUGCACAUGAACAACAGCCCCAUGGCCGACUCCACGCGGAUUGACGCUUCUUGCAUCGGUAGCCGCCCCUCGCCCAGCAGCAGUUUUCUGAUGACACUAAGUCCCCUGAGGCGGAACAGCGUGAUCAGCAGCAGCAACGGCAGUCGCACCCCGGAGGAAUCGCUGGCCCCGGCCACUGCUGGAAGCAGCAGCAGCAUAUCAAGACAAAAACUGAAUCUUAGUCAGUUGGAUCCCAAGACCUUUGCCGAUGUGCACAGCAGUGGCCUGACCUCUCGCAUAGUGGCCUACCAUGAAAACAGCCUUGGUAGACGCGGCAGUGGCAGUGGUGUUGCUGGUCUGCAGCGCAGCAUGUCCGUCAGCAAUCUGUACAGUCCACUGUCGCAUCCACGACGGCCAGCAGCCCCACCACUGCCCUACAAGUCGAGUGUUCCGGUGCUCUCGCUGACCCAGAUUGCACCGCCAGAACGUAGCUUUUAUUCCGGCAACACACUGCCCAGCCUGAUGCGAUCCAACUCUCUGGUCGGUGUGGCGCUAAAGACCAGCGAUCAGGAGCAUUUGUCGCGGGAGAAUCGACCCAUCCUGCAUCCGCCACAUCCGCAGCACGAAUGCGAACCCACCAGAAGCGUUCUGGAGGAGCUCAAGGAAAUUUCACGCAAACGCAUCAACAGUGGUGAUACGCAGUCUACGCACGACUUUACGAAAAGAAGCUGCCAGCGGGAGGACUUUGUGGACCACCAUCAGCAUCAUCACCAUCAGCAACACCAACACGAACUCCAUCGGCUGCAGCAGCAGCAUCAGUCUUUCAAGAGGCAGCGGGAGCUGACCGUAUCUGUUCCGCUCAGACACAAUCUUACCUCUUUGCCUGUUCCGCCGCCGACACUGCAUCAUAUGUACUCCAAUGGCGCAAUCUCGCCCCGCCAGUCGCCGGAGCAGGUGGCCAAGCGGCGAAACUGCAGCUACAGCAACGAUAUUGCCUCCUCGCUGAGCUCCAGUCAAAGGCACAGCAACAAGCGGAAGCUGUUUGACAUGCGGGAGAGCCUCCAGCGAAGCCAUAACGAGACCGCCGUCAGCUCUAGUUCACCGGAAACUUCGCCCAAGUCUAAGGUUCAGCGUAAAGUGGAUGUCGAGUCUAUUGGAAGGACACAGAGCAUGCCCAUUCCCGCUGUUCCGGCUGUGCCACCAGCGCGUACAAUCUCAGCACCUUCCGCCAAGAGCCACAACAAGGAUCAACGCCCUGCGGAGGCUCCUCCUGCAGCUGAGAAACCGAAGCUUACCCUGUUCAAUGCGCGGCAACCCUCAAAAACGUCAGUGGAUCAGCCGCGUCAGGAUCUCAACAGCCCCGAUGUGGAUGCCGGGGAAUAUGCGGGCAUACAGUUUGUGAAGCCCAAGCAGCAGAAUUCCAUGUUGGGCGUAAGAAAUCCCAGCGUGGAGCGCACUCAAAAGACUAAGCUGGCCAUCAUGUUGAGCGGCUUGAAGGGUGAGCUAUAUCAAGGUGAGCCAGAGGAGGCAGAUGAGCCUGAUGCCACACUGGUGCCACCGCCUAAAGGGCUUUCAACGCCUAUUAAACCCAUCAGUUUGCCGGUUGUCACUUCUAAGACCAGCAGCACAACGACCAUUACAACCACCACAACAAUCUCUCUGACCACAACAACGACCUCUACGACCAGCGUUUUCACCGCGCCAAAGACUAUUGUGUCCCCCAGCAAGCCGGUUAUAUUGAGCAACCAAGUUAUAGUGCCAGCGGCGACGAUAACGGCAGCAAACACGUCUACAACUGUGCCAAAGCUAUCCUUUGGACAGGCAAAAGAAAGCGCUCCAGGAGAAACAGCAGCUGCUCAAGCUCCAGUAGCAGCUCCAGCUUCAGUAGCAGCUCCAGCUCCGGCAGCAGCUCCAACUCCCAUCUCAGCAGUAGCCCCAUCUGCAGCUUCAAAUUCCACGCCCGUCACCACAGACAAAGCCCCAAAAGCCGCUACUUUAGGAAUUCAGUCCAAGUUUAGCCUGCCUGCCACUACAUUAGCUUCCGGCUUAACGUCAGCUAAGCCCUUGCUUAGCUUUGGCAGUCCAAAAACCUCCACAGCACCCACACUGACCUUUGGAUCUACCAGCAGCAGCACCACUACUUCCAUCACCAACACCAGUAGCUCCAGCACAGCACCCGUAUUCUCUUUCGGACAAUUACCAGCUUCUAGCAAUGGACCCACCGUAGGCGCUGCCACAAGCUUCAAAACAGAAACAACAAAGGCAACAACUACAACUCUACCGACCUUUGGAACGUCCACCACAACGGCAACUGUCCUGCCCAGCAUGGCACCAACUCUAAGCUUUGGCAGCACAGCAACCACAUCGCCAUUUGGCACAGCAACUGCAGCAACAGCCACCAGCAGCAUGAUAAGUCCACCGAAAGCUGCUCCAAUGUUUGCCUUUGGACAAUCAAACUCAACGGGUAAUGGAGGAGGAAAUUCAGCAGAGAAGCCAGCAGUAUUUAGUUUUGGCGGAGCCACCAAUGGAGCAGCGGAAAGCAAACCCACCGCCUUUGGCGGUGUUUUCAAUACAAAACCAGAAGCCUCGAAGCCAGCAGGAAUCUUUGGAAGUCAGGAUAAUACCUUUGGAAGUCCCUUCAAGCCAGCAGCAGCAGCAGGAGUAGCAGCAGGAGCUGCCAAGUCCACAGAGCCGGCAAAUGCCUUUGCCUUCAAGACUCCAACAACCAACUCGGCUACGGCAGCCACAAAUCUCUUUAGCUUUGGAGGAGCCAGUGCGGCCGCGAAACCAGCAGAACCUUCAGCGAGUCAACCCUUUGGGCAAAGUGGAGGCGUAGCUGCAGCCACACCCUUCAGUUUUGGAGGAGCAGCCACAGCUGCCAAGGAAUCAAGCACUGAUGUCAACAAAUCUGUAUUUGCAUUUGGAGGAGGAGCAGACAAGAGCUCAAGCUCGGGCAAGCCCAGUGCUAUGCUUAACUUCGGAGGAGGCGAUAAGGCUACUCCUGCGCCAGCUUUUGGCAACGUAGCCCCAGCAGCAACACCGGCACCUGCGCCUACCAGCAAUGCUUUUGCUUUCGGCUCUUCAACGAAACCCUCAACACCCAUGUUUGGUAGUAGUGGAGCCACUGCUACACCAGCAGCCACAAAACCAUUUGCAUUUGGUGCCGCACAGACCACACCGACAGCGGCGGCACCUGCUCCAACAGGAGGAUUCUCCUUUGCCGCCGCCGCCGCAUCCAAAAAGACCGAGGAGCCCAGUGGGGCAAACUUGUUUGGUAGUCCCGCUGCCAAGCCAAGCUUUAGUUUUGGGGGAAGCACCACCAACCAAGCAGGACCAGCAGCAGCAGGAGCAACACCAGCCACAGCAGCUGGAGGCUUCUCUUUCGGCAAAAAGGAGGAGCCGGCGGCCACCAAUGUCUUUGGAAGUCCAGCGAACGCCAAUACAGGUGUAGUGAAACCCACAUUUGGCUUUGGUGGCGCCAGCAAUGCCACACCAGCUACUGCUGCAUCCUCUGGAUUUGGAGGCUUUGGGGCACCAACAGCAACUGCAGCAGCAGCAGCUGCGAUACCACAACCAGCAGUAGGAGGAUCAGCCAAUCAGAACAAACCCUUUGCAUUUGGCGGAAGCACAGCCGCCGUAACACCCAGCCCUGCACCGGCUUUAGGAGGCAACCUGUUCGCCAGUGCGGUGGCUGCCACCCAGAAUCAAGCCAAGCCGGGUGGCUUUGCCUUUGGUGGGGCCAAGAACGCCACAAACAAUUCCACUGCCGGCAACGCUCCCUUUUCAUUCGGCGGAGCUGCUGCUGGCGGCAUUGCUUCGCCGCCCAGCAAUCAGAGCAUGAAUACGGCCAAGCCGUUUAGCUUUGGUGGCGCUGGUGGCAAUCCAGCACCCACUGUCUUUGGCAGCCCAGCGCCGGCGCCGCCAGCGAGCAAUCCGGCAGGAGCCUUCAAUUUCAGUGGCGGCGCCAGUCCAGCCCAGCAGGCGAACGCUGGAAACAUGUUUGCCCCACCUCCGGAGAACCGGCCCAUCCGCAAGGCAACACGGCGGCUACAGAAGUAGUUCGGCGCUUUAAGUCAAUGUUUAGAUCGUUAUCGUUUCGUUUAGGUAAAAUUUCUAUAAAGCUCGGUAGUUUUCGAAAUAAAGUUUGUAUGAAAAUAUAAA